GGGCUUUCCUGUUCGAGUACGACACGCCGCGCAUCGUGCUCAUUCGCAGCCGUAAAGUGGGGCUCAUGAACCGCCUGGUGCAGCUGCUCAUCCUGGCUUACGUCAUCGGCAAAUCCUUCCUCAAAAGACACUGACCUCAAAGUCCCCCGGGAUCUUAUUCCUGUGAUGAAGAAAUAACUAAUCACACGAUGAUGGCGCCAUCUCUCUUUCCAGUCGGCAACGCGGCGUUCUGGGUCUUAAAACUCACAGCCUGUGCCCUAAGGUGGGUGUUUGUGUGGGAAAAGGGCUACCAGGAAACUGACUCUGUGGUCAGCUCGGUGACGACCAAGGCCAAAGGCGUGGCUGUGACCAACACUUCUGAACUCGGAUUCCGGAUCUGGGAUGUGGCGGACUAUGUGAUUCCAGCCCAGGAGGAAAACUCGCUCUUCAUCAUGACCAACAUGAUCAUCACUGUGAACCAGACACAGAGCACCUGUCCAGAAGUUCCUGAUAAGACCACCGUCUGUAACUCAGACUCGAACUGCACUCUUGGCUCCACAGGCACCCACAGCAAUGGAGUUGGGACUGGAAAAUGCGUCCCAUUCAACGCGUCUGUGAGGACCUGUGAGGUAGCAGCUUGGUGCCCAGUGGAGAACGACGCUGGCGUGCCAACGCCAGCUUUUUUAAAUGCCGCAGAAAACUUCACCCUCUUGGUAAAGAACAACAUCUGGUACCCCAAGUUUAAUUUCAGCAAGAGGAACAUUCUCCCCAAUGUCACCUCUUCCUACCUCAAGUCGUGCAUUUAUGACGCUCAAACGGAUCCCUUCUGCCCCAUAUUCCGUCUUGGCAAAAUUGUGGAGGAUGCAGGACACAGCUUCCAGGAUAUGGCAGUUGAGGGAGGCAUCAUGGGCAUUCAGGUCAAGUGGGACUGCAACCUGGACAGAGCUGCCUCCCUCUGCCUGCCCAGGUACUCCUUCCGGCGCCUCGACACCCGGGACCCGGAGCACAAUGUAUCCCCUGGCUACAAUUUCAGGUUUGCCAAGUACUACAGGGACCUCACCGGCAAUGAGCAGCGCACACUCAUCAAGGCAUAUGGCAUCCGCUUUGACAUCAUCGUGUUUGGAAAGGCUGGGAAGUUUGACAUCAUCCCUACCAUGAUCAAUGUUGGCUCUGGCUUGGCACUGCUGGGGGUGGCGACCGUGCUAUGUGAUGUCAUAGUCCUCUACUGCAUGAAGAAAAGAUACUACUACCGGGACAAGAAAUAUAAGUAUGUGGAAGACUACGAGCAGGGUCUCGCGGGCGAGAUGGACCAGUGAUGCCUGAGCCUACACUUCAGCCCCACACAGCCCUCAUCAAAGCAGUGAGAAGGAACGGCUGCUGCAUCACUCAAGAGAAAGUUCCAGAGCUUAACUCUGCUCCUCCACUCCACACUCAGGGUUGCCCAGCGGGUCUCUUAUCAUUUGGUUUUGUCAGUUUUGAGCCCGCGUCUUGCUUUGUGGCUCAGCUGAGUUUCAGACUCAGGAUCUUUCUGCUCCAGCCCCCAAGAGUGCUGGGAUUACAGAGGUACUUCACAGUACCCUUCUCCUUGUGGGUUUUGGCACUUUUUAAAAUCUUUUAUGGUUUCACUGUACGUACCUCAGGUUGGCCUCAAACUCAAGACAUUCCUGCACCCUCUACAGCCUUUUCACCUCGCCUUUUGUGUGUGUGUGGGGGGGGGGGUCAUUGGCUUACUGCGCACAGUCGACCCCUGGUAUGGUGUUGUUGAUACAGUAUGAGCAUACCGAGGAAAUACAACAGUCAGAGAGCAGACACACUGCUGUGACUUGUGGGGCUGCCAUCUUCUCCAGCGUCUCCAGGACUGGCUCCCUUCGAAGUCCCGGUCCUCUGAGGCACAGCAGCUUUGUCCAGCACUUUAUAAGGAGGGGCUUCUCCAGGUGUUGCUGGCAGGCCUGGGGCAUGGCUCCUCUUCCCUGUAACUAGACUCUGCCCCUUGUGACAAAGGCAGAGUUAGCUUUCCCUUUCAGAAGGGCUCUGUUGAAACGACUGAGGACCAAACAUUAAAUGACGUUCAAGUC